UUUGCUUACGCUUUAGUACAUUGUCGUCUCAUAAUAUUAGUAAUUUUUUCGUAUCACGAUGAUUUUCUCGCGACUUUAUUCGAUUUUCUGCAUCUCAAAUCGUCUAAAAGUAUUGAAUAUUCGCUUCAAAAUGACCGAAUCCGUGAGUAACGAGAACGUGAAGAGAAUUUUGGCUCUUUGGCGAUCAGGCGAUGAAAAAAUCAACCUGUCUGGAUACCGCAAUGGGAUCCUAGUUAUCGGUAAUACAGGCUCAGGUAAAAGCACCCUGACUCAUUUCUUGGCCGGAAACAACGACGAACUCGUAUCAGGCGAAGUGGCCGAGAAUUCCGGUGAGUUUAUCAUUUCCGAUAAUAAUAACAAGAUCAGCGUGAACUCGACAGUGAUUUCCAAAACAACGGUUCCAGAAACGAUCGUCGACGCUGGAACAAAACUCGUUUUCAUCGAUUUCCCAGGAUUUAACGAUAGUCGCAGCGAAGCUUAUGAUAUGGCAGCAGCGUACUUUAUCAAAAAAGUCUUGGAAAACGUAAAAAAUGUGAAAAUCAUCUUGACCUUGAGUUAUCCUUCGCUUAGAAAAGGCGUCAAUCGUAUCGAUUUUCUCCAGUUGCUGGAACAUGUGGGCAUUUUGAUCAAAAAUAUCGAAAAAUACGUCGACGGAGUUGCCCUUAUCGCGACCAAAGUUGAUAACACGAUCACUUUUCGAAACGGAGCUCCUUCCAUGAUACCGGAGACGUCGAUUAUACAGAAUAUCGGUCAGUUUUCACAGGAAGUUCGCGAAUCGACCAAAACAAUGAAGAAUCUCGAUAAGGUUUACACUUCCGAGUUCGAAAGCAGUCGAAAGCUGCUGGAUACGUUGGUGCAGAAAAAUGGCACUUUAAAUAAAUUUUUAAACUUUCUUCAAGAAGUGAGCGACAAGCAAUUCGAAUCUUCAGCUUGGAAAUGGGUCAAAGAACUCGAGCCAGCCAUCAAAUACGUGGAAAACUCGCUUAAAUGGUACGAUUUUCUGGCUGCUCUGCAUAAACGUUUAUCUGAAUACAAUAUUCAGAAAGAUACCAAACGAUUUCAUGUCCCGAAAUUCGAAUCAGGAUCCGGUCUGCUGGGAAGCUUCGUCGAUUUCACUAAUUUUUUCAACGAAAUCAGCUCUGCAGAAUUCCUCAAGUUGGUGAAUCUCAAAGAUCUGCAAAAGGUCAACAUCGACGAGACCAAAAUUCGAUAUUUUAAUCGAGUAAUCGAGUCUACUUUGCGAGAUUCUGUCAAUUACUUCGGGGAUGAUGAUACAAUAUUCCAAGCUACAGGCGAACAUAUCAAAUUGAACGAUCUGGUCCCCCAAGUGAACUACAUCCGGACUAGAUCUGCACCAAUAUUGGCCAAACAUACGGCGAUAAGAAAAUAUUUAAUAGGAAUCGAGUUCGAGUACUUACUAAUAGAUAAAAAUGAAAAAAUACGCUAUUUUGAUAACUUAAAUAUUAAUGAUCUCCAGGAUGUUAUUGAAAAGCGGAAAAAUAUAAAUAAUCCUUUUUUGUGCCAAGGUGAUUGUGGUAUCAAGGCUGGAUACUGGUAUAUAGAAGGCGACGAACGUUUUUCUAUGCGUGGAGUGUUAACUAAUCAAAUAAUAAAAGGCAUUGAAAUAAGAACGCCCCCUUACUCGUCAAUUAAUGAUGCGAUAGAUGGUCUUUUGAAUAUAGAAAAAGAUCUAUCAAUAUGCUUAGCACAAUGCGAUCUAAAACUAGCGAUCGCUGCCUUUAAUCCGGUAGCUAGAAAAUACAAAUAUCAGCCACCGCUAAAUGAAUGGGAAAUAUCGUAUCGAGAAAAACAUCCAGGAUUUCUUAACGCUGAUAUAGCAUUACUUACUUAUGGGCCAGAUAUUAAUAUAUCCGUACCACAUUUAAGCGACAAGGAUAUAAUUACCGCUGUUCAAAAACUUAAUUAUUAUGCUCCGGAGAUUGUAGUCUUGACAUUAAAUGCCCCUUUUUAUCGAGAAAAAAGAUGGAAAGGUUUAUCUAAACGAACCUAUGAUCGAGCUAACUUUAGACCGGCUUGUAAAGGGUAUAUUAAUAGAGGAAAUGCUUUGAACAUUUCUUGUAUUCAUGCUGCUAAAAUAGCAGCAGAGCAUGGUAGGAUUGAAUUCAAAGCGUUUGAUGCUACCCCCUCACUACCGCUCUUAAAAUCUUGUUCUUCUCUGAUAUUAGGAUUAAUUAUGGAUACGUCUUUAUGCUAUAAAAAACAAGUGAGGAGUGCGAUUGAUUUUCAAGAGGUUUCAAUUGACCCAUUUGCUAAUCGGAAAACAAAAAAAAUCAUAAGUAAGUUAUUGCGAGCCGCUCAAUAUGCCUUGAUAGAAAAUAAAUUAUUCCAAGAAGCGAAAGAAAUUGAUUUUUUAUUUUACCUGCUAGAAGAAAAAAUGAUACCCGCCUACGAUGCUAUAAGAUUGAAUGAAAAAAGUGGGAAAAUGAUACACUCAGGCGGUUUAGGUAAGUAAAACAGGAUGUCUGCCAGGGGAUUUUCAGCAAUUGUGCUUAAAAGGUAGUAAAAAAUGAAAAAAAAAACGGAAAAUCCAAUUUUCCACACAAGAAAAAUUUUUAUAGAAAAUGGCUCAUUUGUUGACUUUUUUAGAACUUGAAUGGCAUAUUUUUGAAAGUUUUUGCCCUCGCUUCGCUGGGGCCACUUGCUCUUCUUUUUCCGUAUAAAAAACUUAAUGUUCAAAUUCAAGAAAUGUUUGAAAUUUCAAUCAGAAAAAUACUCCCUUACCUCCGUAAAAAAAACUUUUUUUUACUUCUUGAAACACGAAUUUUUGAAAGCUUUCUUGGCCUCGCUUCACUCGGGCUCGUUUGCUUUUUUUUCAAGUUUGAUUUUUAAAAAAAAUAAUUAUUCAAGUUUCAAAAUUUUGAAUCAAAAAUAAUAAAUUUCUUCAUUCAUCACCCAACAAAACAACGUUUUUAUACCCCUCAAAAUACUACUCAAUUUUCCAUAGCUUUUUCAAAAAUUUGUAUUUUUUUCCAAAUGUUCAAAUUUUUUAUUAUUAUUUUUUUUUAAUUUUUCAUUUUGAAAAAAGUUCUUCAUUCGUCCAAUUGCAUUAUAGUAACAAGAGGCUUAAACGUGAAUAUAAAAUCAAAAAUUGAAAUGACAAAAUUAUAUUCUCGACAUCCGCUUGUUUGAAAAAAUUCUUGAGAUGUUUGAAUACAUUGGAAUAGCAAAAUAUUUUAAUGUAAAAUUUUGCCUCGUCCACCCCCUCCCCCUCUUGAAAAAUUCCAAGUGUUUACAGAAUGUCCUGCUGAAGUCCUGUUUUCUUAUUUUGAAUUUUUUUUUUGUUUUUUUUUUUGGGAGGUCUUUAUAAUUACUAGAUUAUUACACCCUACGUCAGAUUAUAUUAAAUUCGUCAGGUUGUGUUUUUUAACAAGGGACUAGACACCCUGAAAAAUCACUGCUAAAAAUUGAAAAAAAAUCCUUCAUCUCUCAUAUAUUUGAAAGAAUUUUAUUCUCAAAAUGGUUGAUUUGUUAAUUUUUCGAGUUCGCUCAUUUUGUAUUUUCAACAUGCACACAUGAGAAAUUGUAACAAUUUGAAUAAAUGCAGCAAUAGUUAUAAAAUCAUUGAGGGGGGGGGAGGGGAGGUUUAAAAUAUUUUGGAAGGCAGUGAUUUUUUUUGAAAGGUAGUGAAAAAGGUAGUGAAAAGGUUGUAAUUUUUGCGGCAAAAAAUUCCGGUAGACACCCUGAAAAAUUGAACUGCAGUCUCACUUUUUCGACAAAAAUUGCAAAAAUCCACAAAUUAUUGCAAAAAAAUCUUGCUUUUUUACCUAAAAAUGCUAAAAAUUAAAUUACCAAUUCGCUAUUUUAUGUAUGUAAGCAAAUUUAAUUAAAAACAAAAAAUUACCACAUCAUCCUGCUUUUUUUGCAAAACUCACACAAUGGUUGUGCUCCUUUCCUUCAAUCCAGCUUUAAAAUUUUGCAUUUUGGCCGCUUUUUCAAAAUUUUGAAUUUUUUUCAUUUUUUGUUAUUCCCUUUGAAAAUUGAAGUUGAUUUUUUCACAUUUUUUUCUAGUCUUCUUUAAAAUUAGGGGAAUUUUAACCAGAAAGAGUAUCAUCUUGAGUGAAUUUUAACCCCCAUUCCUCUUCGUCUCUUCUGCUAAACUUACAAAUUUGGGAAAAUUCCUUGGCAAAGGGUCCAUGGUUUCGUCUGGUUUUGCUAAGGCACUAUAGCUUUACUCAGGUGAAAUCGGUCGGCCAUCUUUGGUGUAAAAUAAAUGAUUUCAGCCAAUCACAGCACAGUACUGCUGUUGGUGAAAUGACAUAAUUGUGAAGCUAUAGUGCCUUAGUUUUGCAUUUAAUCAAAACAUGUUUUAGUCACAAAUUUUUGAUUUUAUGACAAAAUAUAAACUUUGCUAGGUUGCAUAGCACUUUUUUCGAAAUACUUCGAAAAUUAUUACUUAAUUUUGAGAUCAAAAUUCUUCAAAAAUGCUCGAAAAAAAUUUUCGUUGAAAUAUUCGAAUUUUUCGCGAAAUUUUAACUCAUUUUGAUAGGUUGCAUGACACUUUUUCAAAAUUCCAAAAAUCACCCAACUUCAAGGUCAAAACUUAUCGUCAAAAUGUUUGAAUUUUUCGCAAGUAGGGUUAAAACGGGCAACCUGGCCCAGUUAACGUAUCGUCCGCUAGGAGCGGUAGUUUCGUUUUGUUGAUGUAGUUGUUGUAUUGUCCGCUAAUAGUAUUGUUCUGUUUUUAAUUUUCAACCCAGUUAAUGUAUUCUUAAAGAGUAAAAAUUCUCUUUUUACCCUGUUUCUUGAUUUUAACUUGAAAAUUCUCUUUUUUCUCUUAUUUCAUGA